AGCGUGACACAUAUCCGCUCGCCGAGUUGAUAACAGUUGGUGAUUGAUUUUAUACAGGUGUUUUCGACGUCGAGACGCGUCUCGCAGAUUCGCAAUCCCUUUAGUCUUUCCUACGGCGUACGCGCGACUUCUGGAUCUUUAUCUUUAAGGUGUCCGAGAAUGUGCUUGCAGUCGUGUCUGCGCUUGGGUCUCUUUUGUUUAUUCCAGUGAGACAUCAGCAUGAUAUAAAUAGUGUAAUUUACACUAGUUUGUCAGCAUGCCAUAGAGAUGGUUUGACUUUAAGCUGAACAUUUUUCCUCUAAUGAUGACACAAACCAGAAUAGAUCAGUAUUAUAAAGUUACAAAUAGUAACAAGAAAUCUGAAAGUGUAAAUGGCAUCAAAGAGUCGUCUAAUGCAAGAACUAGAAGCCCAGUUAUUGGUAGGACGAAAGGUAGACGAGUAUCAGGCAAUUCAAGAACUGUACAUAAGAACAUUAAGCAAAGCCCAUAUAAAAUGAACGAAAAACAAAAUGGAAUGCAUGGUAAUGUCUCGUUAGGCAGUGGGACAUCUCCUUUCAAAGCUAAUAUGAAUAACAGACCAAUUAAAAUUACAAAAAAUAUGACAGUAAUGUCGCCAACCACUAAACAUUUUUCUCCUGAUAUAAUAUAUAUUGGAAGUCAACAAUGUACUGCAUCACACAGUGGUAUGAAGUCCACCACGUUCACUCCAAAGACAUCAUUUCCAACAAAAAACGCGUUAGACAAAUCACCACCCACAAAGAUACCGCGAAGGAAAUUGUUCAUGGAUAAAGCCAAGUACAAUCCAACUAAAUUAUCUGAAAAUAGAAUCGAGAAUAGUCCAACUAAAAUUACAGAAAAUAAAACAAUGUCGCCAACUAUUAAAUGUACUUCUCCUGAUAUAUAUGUUGGAAGUCAACAACGUACUGCAUCACGCAGUGGUACAAAGUUUACGCUAAAGACGUCGUCUCCAAUAAAAAACGCACUAAACAAGUCACCAUCCGCAAUGAUAGCACGAAGGAAAUUAUUCAAUGAUAGAAUCGAGGAACUGCAACUGAUAUCCGCAACGAUAAGUAAUUUAAAUUUAGCCAAAGAAGGAGCCAUUGCUAACAAUGACAUUGAUCUGGAAAAAGUUUACUCGAGUAAGAGAUUUAACUACAAAUACAAUCCCAUAGACACUACAGUUUCGACAAAAUACGAAAUUAACGAUGUAGUUGUACCUACGGAUAGGAAUUCACAGCUUUUCUUCCUAGCUAUUAUUACUGUAUUCUCUAAGCCAAUCAAUUGCGGAUAUUUUGAUCAGGAUGAACUGGAUAUCGUAUUUUCUAUGAUUACUCUUCAAAGAAGAGCACAAGCAUUACUGAUACGUAUGCUGAAAAGGAAGCAUAUGUGGCACAGGAUAAGCAAUAUUAAAUAUGAUGAGAUAUCCAAUGAUUUGAAGCCUAUUUUUGAUGAGCUUGUAUCACGAUCUAUGUUUAAAAAUAACAUGAAUGACGAAAACCUAUCCGUUUUACUGAACUUGCUGCAAGCCGAUGAAAUUAGCAAGAUUUGUCGGGAAUUAAAGAUCAGCGCUCGUAGAAAAAAUUUGGGUAUACAAUCACUUUUGGCAUUCUGCAAAAAAACUAAAUCGUUGUUUCCCGGGAUGGCGACUCCUGCCACUAUGCUACGCGCGUUGGUCAUCAAGCGUUUAGGGGAUUGCAUAUUAUUGAACGACAAAGUAAAAGAAUUGGUUAAUAGAAUAAUUACGUUGCUGAUACCUAAUCGAAAUCCUAAUGAGACAUUUGUGGAUGUAUUCCAAACGUUAUGGAACGUUGAGGCGAAUGAGCUAAAGUUUCCAGAAGUAACCAUAAGUGACUUGCCUAUCUUCGUCAAUAAAAUACAUUUGCUAGAUUAUAUUGAAGCUAAAAAUGCGUUAACUAAUAUAUUAACUGCAAUUGAGAAAAAACAAUGGGAUACCGUACGGAAUCUUGGAACUUUAGCUGAGCAACGUUUACCACUCUUUUUAGAAGUAGAGUCGAAAAGUUUUGAAGAUUCUAGUCUGCCUCAUCACAUUAGGCACUUUAUGCCAGGUUACAUAUGGCUCAAAGUCUUGCGGAAAAGCAUUGAUGCAUUUAAAAAGUCCAAGGAAACGCUAUCACAGGCGAUAAAAUUUUUGCGAAUAUUAAUAGAGCAGAAUUGUCAUAUGAAACAUAGAAAAGGCCAAUGUUUCAAUGAAUUGAUUAAGAUAGAAAUGUUUCACAGGAAAAAUCUUAAAGCUAGUUUCAUAUUCUUAUCAGAAGCAGUGUUAUAUGAGAACCUGACAGAAGUUGAUGAAUUCGACUUGUUGGACAGAGCAAAAAAAAUUUAUAAAAGAAAAUCCGGCAUCGAAAAAACAAUAAAAGACGAGGUUAAAAUUAUAUUGAACACUUCAUUUAGCAGGAUACAACAACUUACAUUUCAGAAUUCUAAAAUAAUAGAAGGAACAGCAUGCGGGAAUACUUCACAGAGAAAGAGCACUUGGUGUAUCAGCAGGGGAAUAGAUCAAGUAUAUGGUUCGGUUGAAAGUCUGGCAUUGUAUCACUACAAGAACGAGGGAUAUAUCAAAGGCGUGCACUGUGAAGGUGCCUUUCCAAUCACCCUGUUCGCUACAUUAUUUUGGAACGAAAUUUAUAACAUAAACGUUUCCGGCGCGUGGGUGUCGUCGUAUCAGGAUGCACCGUUAGAUUUGUAUACGUCGGAAUUUUACGAGAAUAGAAAAGAAGAAAUAGACAAGAAGCUUCAAGAUAUCCGAAGUUACGAUUCGGAAAAAUUGAGCAAACAUUUGCAGAAUGAAUUCGAGGUACAUUCUAAGUACAAUUCUAUUUCUCAGGGCAAUAUUUUUGACGACAGUAACAGCUUCAAGGAAGUAGUGUUUUGCUUAGGUGUAAAAGGUGUUGUUGGAAUAUGCGAACGACUCAUUCAUAAUUAUUCACUUUGGAAAGCUGGUUUUCCAGAUAUAAUUGUAUGGAAUGUAAAUACAAAACAGUACAAAAUUGUAGAAGUGAAAGGUCCGAAUGAUACACUGUCAACUAAACAAACAUUAUGGUUGGAUUACUUAAAUAAGCUUGGACUGAAUACAGAAGUAUGCUACUGUGAGUCAAAUGCGAGUCAUUCUCGAGGGCGUAAACGAAAACAUGAGGAAGCUGUGAUAUAACUCCACAAAUGAUUAUAGAGAUAUUUUAUAUUUUAUGCAUGCAUGAAAAAG